UACGUACGGGAAGACAUUUUUAGCGACCGAUCUUGCCUAUUGUCUGUCGCUGCGUGCCAAUGAACGCCCGGAGAGUUCCUAUAGACAAACGCACGUACUGUACGUACGCAUGAUCGUUUGACGUUUCUCGAAACUUGAUAGAACGGAGCGGAUGUCGAGUAGCCGUAGUUUUCUUUUGUGCCGAAUAAGAACCUGGUCUUAUAACCUAAACUGUUGGAAAUUCUGAGGAAUCCUACCGGCGACAAUUGACGAGUGAAAGUUUAGUCCAAGCAUUUCUGUGACGUUUACGUCGUAACCUCAAAACUGCAGCUAUGCGAUCUGAAGGAACAAUUGUCUGACACGUUAGCCGCGAGUUUUCAUCGGGUGUUUGCUUGGUUUUAUACCAUUAAGAUAGAUAGGCAGGCCGUCGACCAUCUUUAAAGAUGUCAAGAGCAGAUCUAAAGAAUUGGCCAGUAUUUAGCUUACUGGAACCGGAAUUUGUAACCAAGAUACACUUGGUUGUCGUAUACGGUAAUCUGGGGAACGAGGCAUUGAUCGUGACGAGGGAUGACAUGGUAUACGCCCUUGGUAGCAACACGACCGGCUGCCUGGGCACCGGGGACUCCCAUAGCACACUGCAUCCAAGAAAGGUCGAAGCUCUUUGUGAGAAAGGGGUGAAGACCUUCGCCUAUGGAAGCGGUCCGCACGUGUUGGCUCUCACGAACGCUGGUGAGGUUUAUUCCUGGGGACACAACGGCUACUUUGAAUUAGGAAAUGGAACGUCCAACCAAGGCCUUACCCCAACGGUUGUGAGCCUGCAUUCUACCGGAAAAAUCGUAGUGGACGUUGCCUGUGGUAGCCACCAUUCCUUGGCCCUGACCAAUGAAGGAGAGGUAUAUGCCUGGGGUCAGAACAACUGCGGUCAGGUGGGUAGCGGGAUAAGUUCACACCAGGGAGCCCCACGCAAGGUGAACUCGGGUCUGACCGGAAAGAAGGUUGUAUCCAUUGUCUGUGGCCAAACAUCAAGCAUAGCCGUGACUGACGGUGGCGAGGUAUACGGGUGGGGUUACAAUGGAGUCGGCCAACUCGGAAUAGGAAAUUAUGUAAACCAGCUGAACCCGAUCAAAGUCACUGCCCUGGCCACGGUGGUUAUCGAAAAAGUCGCAUGUGGUUACGCCCACACCCUGGCUUUGAGUGACGAAGGUACUCUGUAUGUUUGGGGUGGAAACAGUUAUGGCCAAUUGGGACUCGGCAACAAAGCGAAUGCCUCUAGUCCCGUCAAGGUGACCGUAGUAGAGAUGGGGAGAGUAUCGGACAUAGCGGCCAUUCACUACAACCACAUAAGUGUUGCGGUUGGCCAAGGAGGAUGCGUCUACAUGUGGGGGCAGUGUCGGGGCCAGAGCGUCACCUGGCCGACGCCGACGCGCCUGCUUCAUCCUCACGACGCCCUUGCCUUCUAUGCCACUCCAAGUGUUAUGCAUCGACCCCUUCUGCUUCAUGCCGAGGAAGAAACUGGGAUACUCGACUGCUUAAGGCAAGCCUUUGAUGACGCGACGACAAGUGAUCUAGUGAUACAAGUUCAAGGAAAGCCAAUUCACGUUCACAAAUCGGUACUGAAGAUCCGAUGUCAACACUUCAGAUCCAUGUUUCAGGAACACUGGGCUGAGGACAGUCAAAACAUUGUUCAGCUGGAUCAAUUCUCACAUGCAGUCUACAAAUCUUUUCUGAGGUACUUGUACACUGACGAGGUCGAUCUACCUGCUGAGAACGCAUUAGAACUUCUGGAUUUGGCAAAUGCCUACUGCGAGAGCCAGCUGAAGAGACGCUGCGUUCAGAUGAUCAAGCGAGGCAUUACCGUUGAAAACGCAGCGUUCCUUUACAGUACAGCAAUCGAGUAUAAUGCUCAGGAACUAGAAGACUUCUGCUUCAAGUUUGCCCUUAACCACAUGACGGCUGUGAUACAAACUCAGAACUUCUCCAAUCUCGACGAAACUACUUUGAAAACUUUCAUACGCAAAGCUGCUCAGGCGGGAGCCUUCAAAACUUGAACAAAGGAUCGAUAACACAAAGUGGCCGUACAUUCCGUUACACAGCGGCUUCUGCAGACUUGAUCUUUCAAACUUAAUCAAGUUAAUCUAGGUAAUCCUAAGUGAACCUAAUCAAAAAAAAAUUCACCUAAGCGAUGACUCAUUUAUAGACAACAGCGAAAAUUUUUCCUAGAGGGCAUUACCUGAACAAAACAAUACUGCAUAUGAUUUAUUGCCAUUCGAUUAUGAGUAACGAUAUUUUUUAUACAAUGUGUGUAGAUAGGUAAACUUGCAGAGUCAUUUGUUCGUUGCUGAAAAGUCCGAAAGACACAGUCAUUUUACCUGGUGCCCGCAUAAGCGGCACUCUCACUGUAGCAUCGGCAUUCAGCACCCAAUAAAUAACUUCGUAGAGUAAUAAUUUUUUUUAUAUCUUAGCUAUUAGCAUAAGAACCAUGUUUUGUACUACUAAAUCGCCCGUCAUUCCGAACAUUCCGUAUAUCAUGCAUUUGAGUAGAAAAAAAGUAACUGAACACCCUGUGCGAUACCCUAUGUAUUUGUGAAACUAUCAGCAUACAACUAUGUUCAUCAUAUCUAAGUUUUUAUACUGCAUUGUGCUUUUUAUAUUAUCGAUAAUUGUCUUAUAUAAAUAUUUAUACAAUUUAUACAUACAGUAUAUGUGUGUAAAUAUUUGUACCAAUAGCAUAAUAUAAUGCAAUACAUGCUUUUUUUAUAUUUCAA